AUAAUUUAUGAGCAGUCUGUGCUCAUCCCUAAACCUCAUCACUCCAAGUCUGUCUUUGGAGGGACAGACUUUUUCUGCAAGACAGACCAGUUAGUAGUGCGUAAAUUCACAGAGAAACAUGAAUGGAUAACAACAGAAAAUGGUAUUGGAACAGUGGGAAUCAGCAAUUUUGCACAGGAAGCUUUAGGAGAUGUUGUUUACUGUAGUCUGCCUGAAAUUGGGACAAAAUUGAACAAGCAAGAUGAAUUUGGUGCUUUGGAAAGUGUGAAAGCUGCUAGUGAACUCUAUUCUCCUCUGUCAGGAGAAGUAACUGAAAUUAAUGAAGCCCUUGCAGAAAAUCCAGGACUUGUCAACAAAUCUUGUUAUGAAGAUGGUUGGCUGAUCAAGAUGACACUGAGUAACCCUUCAGAACUAGAUGAACUAAUGAGUGAAGAAGCAUAUGAGAAAUACAUUAAAUCUAUUGAGGAGUGAAAAUGGAACCCCCCUAAAUAAAGUAGUAUGAAACAACUUGA